AGGGUACAGUGAAGUGAGGGGGAAAUGAGGCUAGAGCUUGAGUGAUGGGAGGAGUCUAAGCCUAAGCCCCUCCCACUGUGCAGCUUUAUUCAUCCCCUUUUCCGACUUCGACUCUUCCGACCUUCUGUUAGGAAGCUAUGGCGCGGGACUCUUCCAAUGAAAGGGAAAAGGGGGCGGGAGGGAGCAAAUGAAGGCCAAUGUAGAAGAACGCCACGUUCUUCCCGCCCCUUAUUCUCCUUGGUAUCCCCUGCUCUUCUUAUUCAACGAUGAGUCUUGGACUCUUCCAAUGAAGGAAAAUAGGGUAGCGAAGACAGCAAAGGCUUGCAUAGAGGGAAGGAAAUGGUUCUGUCCAGGGACUCUUUCAAUCACAGGACUUGUUGCUUUGCAGGGGAAUGCGGAUCCGACGGCUUUGGCGUGGACAAUGGGACUUGCAGUGGCCCCCUGUUGCUUCCUCCAGCCUCAUGGGACUUCUCUUCCUUGUUUGGUGGAUGGACAUUGAGGAGGGUUUGGCCUUAGUGCCCGGCCUGCUCACAAAUCCCUUGCAAGCUUUCCGCCUCGUGACAUACUGCCUCUGCCAUUCAGACACCGCUCUCCUGUCAGUCAGCCUUCUCUUCUUCCCGCUCUUUGGAUGGCGGCCAGAAUUGCGCAUGGGCACCGUACACUUCCUCCACACCGCUGUCCUUGGGGCGGUCAUCUCAGCCUUGAUGUACCUCCUUCUGGCUGGACUUUGGGGCGGUUACUCAAAUGCUGUAGUCAGUGGCUACACUCCGGUCCACUUGGUCUUCCUGGGUUCUCAGCAGUGGCGGAAGGGGCUCUCUGGCUGGAUGUCCACCGCCUUGCUGGCCGGAGCACUGGUGGGGCUGACCCAGGCCCUUUCACCCCGGUCAUCCUUCCUCCUCCAUAUCUGUGGCCUCUUGACUGGUUUGGCGUACCGUGUUGGGAUUUUCUUUCUCCUUGAACCAUCGGACAGGUUCUUAGAAAGGAUACAUAGCAGGAUUCAAAUCCAAAUCCCUCCGUUCCUUCACUUCGUCCGGCCCCCAGAAGCCAGAACCCUUCCGGUUACGAACCCCAUGGCAGCUGCUAAAACACAAGAGAUUUACGCAGCAUCCAGUAUUCAAUUCCCAGAGCUUUUCCCAAGUGAAUCCCCAUCACAGACAAGAGGAAGUCCUUCCUUGUCCCCUGCCGUACCUUUCUCUGCCUUCCAGGAAGCCCUAAUAGAGGAGGAGUUGCUCCAAGCUGGCAUCCAGGCCUCCCUGGAAGACAUGGUCAAGGAAGAGGUCACACUUUCCAAAUCAUCCGUCUCGUCCCUCCGGCUUCAGCAGCUCCAAAAAAUGGGCUUCGCCACUGAAGAGGCAGUGGUUGCUUUGGCUGCAGUGGGCCACGUCGAGGGUGCCGUCUCACUGCUGAUUGGCGGCCAUGUUGGAAAUGAUGCCGUGGUGGUGGUCCCUCCUGACCGGAAGUAGGACAUUCUUCGCAGUGUUGGUCUAGGAUCACGGAUGGUCUGUGCAGUCAAAUUGCCUCCUUGCCAUCUUAGGGGAUAAUGGGUCUUGAAGUCAGAAGCCACCUGUGUUUCUGACCCCUUGAUUGUAGAAUCAUAGAGUUGGAAGAGGUCACAUGGGCCAACAAGCCUUAUGGCAUCCUUUCACAUGGCUUUCAUGUCUCCUCUCAACCUUCUCUUCUGCAGGCUAAACAGACACCGCUCUUUAAGACAAUCCUCAUAGGAAUUCGUGGUCUCCAGACCUUUGAUCAUUUUAGUCGCCCCCUUCCUCUGGACACCUUCCAUCUUAGAGUCAGCAUCUCUUUUGAACUGUGGUGACCAGAAUUGGACACAGUAUUCCAGGUGAACAGGUCUAACCAAAGCAGACACAAUAUUCCAUGUGAAGAGGUCUAACCAAAGCAGAAUACAAAAGCACCAUGACUUCCCUCGAUCUGGACACUAGACUCCUUUGAAUGCAGCCCAAAAUCCCAUCGGCUUUUUGAGCUGCUGCAUCACACUCUUGGCUCAUGUUCAACUUGUUCUGCAUGAAGACUUCAAGAUCUCCUUCACAUGUAACUCUUGUGGAGCCAGGUCCAUCUGUGCAUGUACGAGAAAGAAAUCUCUAUUUGGAAGUUUUUAAUGCAGAAUUGGACAUCAAGAAGGCAAGACAGGCAAACAACUGGGAAGUCUACCCUUCUCGCCUAGCACCUUUAGUCUAAAGCAAAA